UCAAAAUAGAAUAUUAAUAGUACAGAUUGAUGACAUCUUUUUAAAAAUCCUAAAAGAAAAAAAAAAAAAAAAAAGAAGUGAAAGGAGAAAGAAAUGUUUAGAAAAUGAAAAUUGUGGUGUUCCCUAUUUAAGGGCCCUGCCUAGAAAGAAGGUCACUGCAGAACUUCUGGCCCAAGGUUGUUCACCAGACGCCCAGCUCAGCCAGGCCAGCAGCCCCCCCUUUGCCCAUGGCCCUCCUGCUCUCUCUGCUUACGGCCCUGGUGCUGCUCAGCUCUGGCCCAGCUGGAACUCUGGGCUGUGACCCGCUUGAAGACCACAUCCUGCUCAGCAGGGAGAACUUAGAACUUCUGAGAGACAUGAACAGCAUCUCCCCUCUCUUCUGCCUUAAGGACAGACAGCACUUCCGAUUCCCCCGGGCAGUGGUGGAUGGCAGCCAGGUCCAGAAGGCCCAGGCCCCCUCUGUGCUCCACCAGAUGCUCCAGCAGAUCUCCGACCUCCUGGCCACAGAGAACUCCUCUGUCCCCUGGAACACAACCCUCGUGGACCUGCUGCGCACAGGACUCCAUCGGCAGCUGAAAGACCUGGACACCUGUUGGGCGCGGGAGAUGGAAGAGGAGGGCCCCACCCUGGCCUUGAAGAGGUACUUCCAGGGCAUCCGUCUCUACCUGAAGGAGAAGCAAUACAGUGACUGCGCCUGGGAAGUUGUCAGAGUGGAAAUCCUGAGGUCCUUCUCCUCAACAAUAGCCGCCUUGCAGGAAAGGCUCAGAAAUGAGGAUGGAGACGUGGGGUCGCCUUGAAAGGAUUCUCGCUGAUGAAUGUGCCACCUCACCUUUGCCCAUAGGUUCUUGGUCAUGGGCAACGGAUCUUCUAUCUGCUUCAGUCACAGAACUUACUGAACUUUACUCAGCAAAUCUGUUGUCACAUUCUUAAGGAAGAAAAUGUUA